AUGUCCGCGCGCCUGGCCGAGCCUCCGGGUGGCCUGACACUCCCGGAUACCUGCAAACAGACGCCGGGCGCGCGUCCAGGACCUGCUGCACACGCGGGCAACCUCCGUUGCACACCCCCUACCCCGCCUCCCAGCCCCGCCCAGAAGCCCGCCCCGAUUCACCAACCGGAGAAGUUCAGGGCCCUGCUGACAGCGGGGAGCUCCGCCACCUGCCCUCAGCCUGAAAACCCUGUAGAAACGCUGCUGGAAGUAUUGAGCGUCUACCUAACGGUGCUCACUUUCCUCUUCCUGGGUGAGAGGAGCGGCGCGCGGGGUCCACUGGGGAAGGAGGGCCCGCCGGGGGGUGGGGGAGAGGAAGGCUGGAGCCCCACCUGCCGGAUGCCCGAGGGCAAGCACUUUCCUGUCUGUUCCUUUCCCCCUCUCCUUUUCACAGAGUUUUGGUUUUUCUCUGUUCCCUAUUUGGCACGGCUCUACCUGGACUGGGACACGCCCUUCCAAGGCUGAAGGCGUUCUGAGUGGUUAAGGAAAUGGACAAUUUGGAAACACCUAAGGGACAAUUAUCCCAUUAAGCUGGUGAAAACUGUAGAGCUGCCUCCUGACCAGAUGUAUGGUAGUCACCCCCAUGGGAUCAUGAGCACCACAGCCCUCUGUAAUUUCUCUACCAAGAGCACCAGCUUCUCCCAGCUCUUCCCUAGACGAAAAGGAAAGAAAAGAAACAUGAGUCCUUUCUUGCAGAGGUUUCUUUGUAGCCGUUGUCAUUUGCUGAAGGUGGCCCUGGGAAUUGGAGUCUGGAGGUGUGGGGGAGGAGCUUGGGGGCACUCCUGGAGAGCCAGUGGCCUGCCCAUCCCUCUCCUCCUGCCACCCCUUCCCAGGGCCUCCCUGGUGCCCACCUACUCCUUUGGGGAGAAUGAUGUCUUCAAAAUGAAGGCUUUUGCCCCAGGCUCCUGGCAGUAUCAGCUCCAGGUCACCUUUAAGAAGUUCACAGCCCUUUCUCCUUGCAUCUUCUGGGGCCACAGUCUCUUCUCAGCCAAGCCCUGCGGCCUGCUGCCCUUUGCCAAACCCAUCACCACAGCGGUGGGCCACCCCAUGCUGGUACCCCGGUGCCCACAGCCCAGCAAGGAGCAGGUGGACCACUAUCAUAUGCUCUACAUGAAGGCUCUGGAGCAACUGUUUGAAGAGCACAAGGAAAGCUGUGGGGUCCCAGCUUCUACUCACCUCACUUGCAUUGAGCCCUGGCCUUACCCUCCCCCACCCUCCAGCCCCUGAGCCGCUGAGCCCCUGAGCCCAGUGCACUGAGAUGUGCCCACCUCUACCCCCCAACCCCAGCCACCUCCUGCCAUGCCCUGCACGAAUAAAAGCUAGUUCUCUCACACCACUGCUUUGUGGACUCGGAUGGCCACGGGGCUAACGUGCUUGCUCUGGGAGCCAGCAUGCCCAGGCGUCAUCCACCCCAUUCUAGUGUGCUCAAGUCACUGCCUUAGACUGGCUGUCAGGACCGCAAUUUUCUCCUGGAGACUUCAUUCUGUUUGCAUGACUUUGCAUAAAUCACUUCCCUCUCUCUGUAAAUAAAAGCCUUUGCUCAGCUAAGAGCUGUAGGGCACCGAGACUGAGUUGGGGAGGGUGGCUGCCCAGAGGGACAGGCUUGGAAGGGUGGACAGGAUUUAGGUAGGUGGAGUCACUAGUGUCGGUGGUAGAAUACCAUGAGCAGGAGUUAAGAACUGGACUAGUAUCCAUGAGGAUGUGGGUUCGAUCCCUGGCCUCCCUCAGUGGUUAAGGAUCUGGCAUUGCUAUGG